AUGGUGAAAUCUUCAAUAAAUGAGGUAAUUCCAACAAAAUUUUCAAUAUUCCACAAUGUUUCUCAAUUUACAGAUGUCAAUAACAAGAAAAAAGCCGGAUGUCAAGGAUUUCGACCAAUUUGGGAAGUUAAACCGCCAGAUGGAGUCGCAAAUAUGCACAAACACCACAUCGUCAUGUUUUGCAAGCCUACCGCCCUAUUGGGAAAUUGUAAAUGCUGCUUUUCUAUCCCAUAUUCGGCCGGUCCAGGAUCCAGAAGCUAUCAAACAACUGCGAGAAAAAUAAGUGUUUCUGGUGAAUAA